AUGCGUGCUCCACCUCUCCCCGCCCUACUCGGGCUACUCGCUGCACUCACUCCUUCCACUCUCGCAGCACCAGCGGACAGCAUCAGCCCGGCCCCAUCCGCGCAGCUGGCCACGCGAGAGUCCGCCCUGUCUAUGGGCGGCAUCCGCGACCUGAGGUGCUAUAACAAGAUGGAGGGCUGCAAGUACAAGGACGUGCACGAAGACAAACUCACCGAAAAUGCACAACAGCUGUGCGACUCACUCAAAAAGGUCUAUGCCGAGCCUGGCUGGCAGGGCAUCGGCGCCCACCACACCAACAAGUACUGGUACGCGUACCACGUCAAGGUCGUGUGGGUGCCCCAUUGCACGCUCCCUGAGGGCCAGGAGCACCAGAGCAUCUACAAGCCCGAGAUCGGCGCCACCUGCUACGAUACGAUUUGGUAUACCUGGAAGAACUGUAAGAAUAAUCACGGCCGAGGCGGCAGUAUCAGGAUUGGGUGUCUGGAGUACCACUUGAACAUCAUCAAUGGUGCUGAGGUCGGAAUGGAAUACUGUCAUAACCUGCCGUUUGACAACUCGACUACGCAUCCUGAUUAUCUUGCCUGA